AUGCGGAGGCAGGGCUGCACCCUGUUGCUCCUCCUGCUGGGAUGCCUCUCUGGGACCCUUGGUGAUUUAAUCACCACAGAGACGUAUGCGGGCUGCGACACUGCCGCCUGCAAGCUGCCCGGGUGCCUCUGCCCCGCCAACAGCCCGCCCGGCAACCUCACGGCAGACCAGAUCCCCCAGUUUGUGCUGAUCUCCCACGACAACGCCCUGGAUGGCCUGCCUUACGACCUUAUGAUGAAGCUGAUUGGCAACAAGACGCAGGGCAACGGCUGCCCCGUGCCCGUCACCUGGUUCGCCAUGCGCUACCACUCCAAUUGCGAGAACGGGGUGGCGGCUAUAGCGCGCGGCGACGAGGUGGCGAUGCAGGCCAACCGGUUUGCCCCCACGGACCCCUUCACCGCCACCGACCCCAACCCCAACUACGACUCCCGCGACCCAGUGACCGGCGAGCCCAGUGUGGAGCGGGAGAUUGCCAUGAGCCGCGAAUGGUGGAACCAGACGUGCAAGCUGCCACUGCACGACAUGGUUGGCUUUAGGGCCCAGGGCUAUAACAACAAUCCGCCAGUCCGCGAGGCCCUGGAGAAGAAUGGGUGGUUGUACGACUCUACUUUGCCCGAGCGCUACUACUCCACCAGCCCAACCUCGCCGUCAGUGGGCAAGAUGCUCUGGCCCUACACCAUGGACUAUGGCAUUCCACAGGAGUGCAACUUCUGGGGCGACGAGGUCGGCAAGUGCACCGCCGCCGAGAAGUAUCCCGGGCUGUGGGAGGUGCCGCUCUACUUCCUGCAGGACGGCGACAAGCUGUAUGGCGGCAGUGACUAUGGAAACACCGAGCUGGAUGGCAUGCCGGAGAUCCCCGACAUGGAGGCGAUGCUGAAGAGCCAGCUCGACCAGCGGCUGGAGGCGGGCCGCACCCCGCUGGCCAUCAACACAUUCUACGAGUGGCUGUCCGAGAAGCCCGAGGACCCACCCGCUGACGACCCCAAGUGCAUCUUCUGUGUGCGGGCCCCUUCUGAGAAUGGGCUGGCCCUGGCCGACUUCAUAGAUUAUGCAAUGGCCAAGCCGGAAGUGCGGUUCAUCACAUACAGCGACUUUGUGCGGUGGAUGCAGGACCCGGUGCCUUUGGACCAGUUUGACGAGUGGGUGAAGUGCAAGGUGCCUGGCGUGAAGGCAGACCUGAGCGCUGUCAACCUGCCUACCACCGACAAGGCUGGCGCGUUCUAUUUGGAGGGCAGCGCUGUGGCCGGCGCCCCUGCCCCCACUGCCAACGAGGGCAUCGUCGGCGCUGCCGAGCCUCCCACCGCCGCACCUGUUCCGGAGGCCAAGGGCAGCGAUGAUACCGACAAUGCCCUGAGCCCCAGCCUGGGGCGCCGGCUGAGGCGGAUGGUGUGACCUCCGCUGCCUCCACGCAAUGCCUCAUUGGGCAGCAGCCGGCACAUCGACUCUUGUUUUUGUUUGCUUAUCAAAUUAUCCAAGCCUGACAGCGCGCACCCCUGCUGCACAUUUGCGGCGGGCUGCUUCGAUGCAUUCUAUUCAGGCGUCACAUUGGCCGCCAGCCUCAUGAUUCGCUGACCGCUCACUUGCCGAUCUCCUUGUUGAUUUGUCCAUGAUGCCCUGUGUACCUUUCCACUCACGCUCCCGGUUUGUAAGAGUGUUCACGAU